AUGAUUGAUCCUGGUGGAUGGAUUUUCAAUACAGAAGCGCAUCCACUGGAUUCCGGGAUUAUCCAUUGCUGUUCGAAAAAGCGACAUAAUGAUUUUGUUCUUCUACACGACUUUGAGCAAAACAUUGAUUUUCUAGCGUUCAAUGACAAUUUAAAAGAAAUGAUGCAGGAUUUUAAGCAAUCAUAUAAUGAAUCAUUAGCUAAACAAGAAAAACAGCAAGAUUUUGAAGAACAAACAUUUAUUCAGCAAAAGUUUCAACAGAAAUUAGUAAUAAAAGAAUUUCAUCUGGACGAUAAAUCUGAAAAUUUUGAAAUUUUGGAAAGUGGACAGUUGAAUCGAAUUUCAAUUUUGGAUUGUUGUCAUAUAUUUGAUGAUCCAUCACUUGGGCAAAAUUCUCGGUUGUUUUGGCAUUUAAUUUAUUCAAAUUAUUUUGGGGUUAAACCAUUAUGUGAUCCAAUAUUUAAAUGUUGUUCUUCUUUGAACAAAAAUGAUACUGAAGAAUUCAACGAAGAAACAAACUAUUCGAAUACAUUGCCAGAUUUAUCCUCUCUAUCGUCAUACUACCAAAACCUUGAUUCUGUACUGGACGGUUUUUCUCUAAAUAAAUUUAAGUAUCUGAUGCCAAAUCCAACAGAUGAACAACAAAUCUUUUCUUUAUUAACUGACAAUAAUCCAUUACCUUUUAGUCUUAAUUUUCUCGGACUUGGCCAAAUUGUUUAA